UUAAAUUAAAUUAAAUUAAAAAAAAACAAUCAAUUAUUUCCCUUUUUCAAAAUUCUCAACCUAACAUUAUCAUUUCAGAAAAAAAAGUGGUACCAGAUCAUCUCACUUGUUUAUCCACCAAACAACCCUUAAAAAUUUCCUAUUUUUCUCCUCCUCCACUUCACUAGUCUGUCUUCUCCUUCUCUGUGUUUCUCGUGAUACCCCUUUUUCCUUUUCUCUUUCCCUCACAUGGCUUCUCGCCAUUGUACAAUCUCCUUAUAGUUACUUGUUUCUCUCUCCAUUUCUCUUUCUUUCUCUAAAACAUACUGACAACAAUGAGGCUUAUUUCCUCAUUUUCAUUCUUCAUAAUCCUUCUGUUACUGCUCUUGACUCACCGAUCUCACUCUGAGCCAACUCAGGACAAGCUAGCACUCCAAGCGUUCCUUUCACAACUCCCUCACUCUCCCCGUAUCCAAUGGAAUGCAUCCGACUCAGUUUGUAAAUGGGUCGGAGUUCUAUGUGAUCCGGCCCAAACCCAUGUUCGUUCCCUCCGUCUUCCUGCUGUUGGAUUAGCGGGUCCCAUUCCUGAAAACACAAUCGCACGUCUAUCAGAGCUUCGUGUUCUUAGCAUUCAUUCUAAUAGUCUUACUGGAAAUCUCCCUUCUGAUUUCUCCAACCUUACUUUUCUCCGUGCUCUUUACAUCGGAAACAAUCAGCUUUCUGGGAAAUUUCCAACGAGUUUGACUCAGUUAACUCGUUUGACUCGUCUUGACUUGUCCAACAACAAUUUCUCAGGGGAAAUCCCAUUUGCGGUCAAUAACUUGACUUCAUUAAACGGGUUAUUUUUACAAAACAACAAUUUCUCGGGUCCAAUUCCGAGUAUUAAUGCAGAUUUAACUGAUUUUAAUGUAGCUAAUAAUAGCUUAAAUGGUUCAAUUCCAGAAACUCUCAAGAAGUUUCCAGAAACGUCUUUUGCGGGUAAUUUACAGUUAUGUGGUGACCCAUUACCACCAUGUAACUCAUCCUUUUUCCCUUCACCAUCACCUUCACCAAUGGCUGUAGUUCCUUCUUCCCCGGCAGAGGUAGGGGGAAAGAAGAAGCUAUCUAAAGGAGCAAUUAUCGGUAUAUCAAUUGCAGCUGCAUUAGUAUUAUUACUGUUACUGUUAUUCUUAUUGUUCUGCCUAUUAAAGAGGAGAAGAGAUAAAGGUUCUUCUACUACAACCACUGCUAAAUCUGCCGGCAUGGGAGUAGCAGGCACAAGGGCAGUUGGUGCAGGGGAAGCUGGCACAUCAUCUUCAAAAGACGAUCUGACCAGUGGAACUGGCCCGGAAAUCGGGGAGAGGAAUAGACUAGUGUUUGUUAGUGGUGGUGCGUAUAGUUUUGAUCUUGAAGAUCUGCUAAGGGCGUCUGCUGAGGUGUUGGGGAAAGGGAGUAUAGGAACGAGCUAUAAGGCGGUGCUGGAGGAAGGUACUACGGUGGUUGUGAAGAGGCUUAAGGAUGUUGUGGCUGGUAAGAGGGAAUUUGAUGUGCAAAUGGAGGUGUUAGGGAAGUGUAAGCAUGAAAAUUUGCUGCCAUUGAGAGCUUAUUAUUACUCUAAAGAUGAGAAAUUGUUGGUGUUUGAUUAUCUGCCUGGUGGUAGCUUAUCUGCUCUCUUGCAUGGAAGCAGAGGUGCUGGGCGUACAUCUCUAGACUGGGAUAACCGGAUGAAGAUAGCCCUUGGUACUGCUCGAGGACUUGCUUGCCUUCAUGUAUCAAACAAUCUCGUCCAUGGCAACAUAAAAUCAUCUAACAUCCUCUUGCGCUCCAACCAAGACCCUGCGAUAUCCGAUUUUGGACUCACUCCUUUGUUCUCCCCCAACACUACCUCUAAUAACAACCGGAUUGCUGGGUACAGAGCCCCAGAGGUUGUAGAAACCCUAAAACCAACAUUCAAAUCUGACGUGUAUAGCUUUGGGGUCCUCCUUUUAGAACUUCUUACAGGAAAAUCCCCGAACCAAGCUUCGUUAGGAGAUGAGGGGAUCGAUCUUCCUAGGUGGGUACAGUCUGUUGUCCGUGAAGAAUGGACUGCCGAGGUUUUUGAUGUUGAGCUUAUGAGAUACCACAAUAUCGAAGAGGAAAUGGUACAACUUCUGCAAAUAGCAAUGGCUUGUGUCUCAACCGUGCCUGAUCAACGACCCUCAAUGCCUGAUGCCCUACGCAUGAUUGAAGAAAUGAACCGGAGUGAGAGUAACACAGACGAUGGUAUCCGGCAGUCGUCAGAUGAUCCGUCCAAAGGGUCUGAUGGUUAUACCCCGCCCAAGGAGUCGCGGACACCACCUUCUUCUGUUACCCCUUGAUCAAAAUGCACAGGGCCCAGGAGGCAUAAUUAAGUGUAUAAAUUGCCCAGAGAAUGUGGAAAUGGAGCUAGAGUGAAAAGAACAGUGCAUGUUUAGUUUUCCUUUUUAUUAUUUUCCUUUUUUUUUUUUUUACAAUUUUUUGAGGUUAAAUUUGAUUUAAAUAUUUUUUUUCCUAAAAAAUUGGGUUCACUGUUACAUGUGUGAAAUAGUUUUUAGAGGGACAAAAAAAUGGUUGGAUUUUAUGGUUGGUUUUAUGUAAAGGGGUUAGGGGUUCCAUGAACUUAUUGGAAUUUGGCUUUUGAUCAUUUUAUAUAAGUUGGUGGAUAUAUUCUGAUUGGGUAGGGAUUUUUUUUAUAUUUUUGUUGAAAUUAUCCUUUGUUUUAUUUAUAUCUUCUGAUAAAAUAUUUUCCUGGAGAA